AUGAUAUUCAAGAGAUUCUUCACAAUCACUAGACCAUUGAGGGAUAGCUUGGUCUUGAUCGAAGGUUCCAAAGGUCAGAUCAACCCUGCAUCGUUUUCCACAGUGUCUGCUGCGGCUCAGCUUGGUGAGCCGAUAACGGCUUUGGUUGUCGACCCCAGCAUAGCUGAUGGGGCAGCCAAAAUAGAAGGUGUCACCAAAGUCCUUAAAACGGGUGACACAUACGAACACUACUUGUCGGAAAAGGUGAGUCCCUUGUUGAAGCAGUUGAUUCCUGGAAAGUAUACCCACUUUUUCAUUUCCGGCUCAUCCACUGGAAAGUCAAUUUUACCUAGAUUGGGAGCUUUGUUAGACGUGCAACCAUUGAGCGACAUUACCAAAGUUGUUGAUAGCAAGACAUUUGUACGUCCCAUCUAUGCAGGUAAUGCUUUGGCUACUGUCAAGUCCAAGGAUGAUGUGAUACUUGCGUCAGUUAGAGCAUCAGCGUUCCCACCAGCAAAGGAGCAAGAUGCAACAACAAUAGAAGAAGUUACCGCACAGCUGGAAUCAGGAACCAGUGCCGAAUUUGUAUCUGAAGAAUUGGUAACAUCUGAAAGACCAGAAUUGGGGUCUGCCACGCGAGUCGUUGCUGGAGGUCGUGGUUUGAAGAGUAAGGAGACGUUUGACGCAUUGAUUGAUCCGUUGGCCAAGAAAUUGAAUGCAGCAAUUGGUGCUUCGAGGGCGGCUGUGGAUUCGGGUUUCUGUGACAAUUCCUUACAAGUUGGUCAAACUGGUAAGAUUGUUGCACCCGAUUUGUACUUUGCAAUUGGAAUCUCCGGUGCCAUUCAGCAUUUGGCGGGGAUGAAAGAUGCAAAAGUGAUUGUUGCGAUUAACAAGGAUGCUGAAGCACCAAUUUUCAAUGUUGCCGAUAUCGGACUUGUCGGGGACCUUGAAACAGUUGUGCCAGAGUUGACUGAAAAGUUAUAG